GUUAAUUCGUGCUUCUUUCUUUAGUUCAUCUGUUCCUCUAUACUACUCUUUUGAACCUGAACGAGAAAAUAAAGCCGAAAAUUCUUGACGACGCGAAAAUCCAAAUUCAAUGGAGUCUUGCCCUUCUGUAAAGAACAUUCUACUUCUUGAUUCAGAAGGAGAUCGAGUAGCUGUUAAGUACUAUUCAGAUGAUUGGCCAACUAACAACGCUAAAGAAGCAUUUGAAAAGUCUAUUUUCACCAAAACUCAGAAAACCAAUGCACGAACAGAAGCUGAAAUAGCAAUGCUUGAGAACAAUGUUGUGGUCUACAAAUUUGCUCAGGAUCUUCACUUCUUUGUCACUGGUGGAGAUGAUGAAAAUGAGCUCAUUUUAUCAACUGUUCUUCAGGGCUUCUUUGAUGCAGUUUCUCUUCUGCUUAGGGGAAAUGUCGAUAAAAAGGAAGCACUUGAAAAUUUGGAUCUCAUUUUCUUGUGCCUUGAUGAAAUUAUCGAUGGAGGAAUCAUUCUUGAAACCGAUGCAAAUGUUAUUGCUGGAAAGGUUGCUAGCGAUAGUGUAGAUUCUGGAGCUCCUUUGUCUGAACAGACAAUAAGUCAAGCAUUGGCAACUGCACGUGAACAUUUUACACGAUCUCUCCUCAGUGGAUAAGGAUGCUGAUUGGAGUAAAAAGUUGCGCAAUCAUGAUUUGAAAUUGGAUGCUUUUGCAAUUAGGGCAUACACAUCAAAUACAAGUGUUAAAAACUUUCUUGAAAGAUUAGUCAUGAAUAGGUGGUUAUAACUCUUUUUUUUUUCCGAUGAUAAAUGAUAAGGGUAUUUAUGUCUUUUGUACAAAUGAAAGUUUGAGAGUGAGUUCAUGUCCUACCUUUUUGAUGGGACAACAAAUUGCAAUUUUUAUUACAUUGACAUCUUUCUAUCAA